AGCCAUUUUGGCUCAGGCACUCCUGGCUCCAGGGCGCCCGGCCCCCGCGGAUGCCCAUUGCCCGGCCGAUCGGGCGCGCGGCGGCGGGCGUCGCCGCCGCGGCGGCCUGGCAGUUCUGCGGGCGGCGCUGCUUCUGGCGCGCGGGCCCGGCCGGUGCGCGGCGGGUCGCGAUGGCCGCGCCCCUGCGGGUUAUCGUCACCGGUGGCUCCAGCGGAAUCGGCAGGGCGCUGGUUGCGAAGCUGGCCGCCAGGGGCCACCAGGUGUACGCGACCGGCCGCGACGCCAAGGCGCUGAGGGGCUUGGAGUCUCUCGGCGUCAGCGAGGCUGCGUCAGGCGCGAAGGUGCGCGCCAGCGCCGGCGACGUGUCCUGCGAGGCAGACGUCGAGAGGCAGUUCAAGGAGGCGGCGGAGUUCUUCGGCGGGCCGCCAGACGUGCUGGUGGCGAACGCGGGCUGCGGGGCGGGUCGCCAGGACUUCGAGGAGGUGCCCGCCGAGCAGUUCGACAGGGUCAUGUCCACGAACGUGAGGGGCGUCUUCCUGUGGGUCCAGCGGGUUGUGGGGCCCAUGAAGCGGCAGGGCCGGGGCCAGGUGGUCGUCACGUCGUCGAUGGCUGCGGUGAAGCCGUGCCCGAGGGCAGCGGUCUACGCUGCCUCCAAGGCCGCGGUGCAGGCCAUGGUGCUGUCGCUGCGCGCCGAGCUGAAGGGCACCGGCGUGAAGGUCGGCACGGUGAACCCCGGCGCGGUGGCGACCGAGUGGUGGGGAGACGCUGGCCGCGGGGGCUGGACGGAGGAGAUGGCGCCGCAGGGGCAGCCGUUCUGGACGGAGAUGCUGCGCCCAGAGGACGUUGCAGACGGUGUGCUGUCGCUGGUCUUCCAGAAGGCCUCCUCGAACAUCGAGAGCCUGUACAUGGACCCUGCUGACUCUGGGGGCGCCGCCCCUCCGGCAGCACCGGGUUGUCCGGCCAAGCGACCUCGCACCGACUGACAAAAAAAACA